UUUGCGUGACAGAAUACGGACGCUGGAAAGAAUAUGGACAACGAAACCUUAAGUUCCAUGCUCACUCUACCUAUACAUUAUACCGCUUCGAAAUUAUGGAUCUAGUAAAAAAAAAGGAAAAAUAACUGAUACGUCAGCCUCAACAGGUGCUUCGGUCGAGCAAAAAUUGGAGGGGCGCGUCUUCGUGGAUCGUACUAUCUUAUACUACUAGUUCUAAACAGCUAUGCAUAAAUCGGAUAUUUUUUAUUUUACAAGAAUCUGUCGGUUUGGUAUAGUGAAACCAGGCCUUUACAAACUAUUAGAUGUUAAUAUGCGCGAAUGGGAUGAAAUCCUAUACACUUUGUAUAGCGUUGUUUCACUCUAAUAGUAGCUUAAGCAUUAUUGGGAGCUAAGUUACAAAAAAGGGAUUGUUGACACUGCAUUUCUGCAGUUAUGAAUUAUGUUUAGUCACAUUGUAUUUUUACAAAUAUGGAAAGUAUCCCAUGUGAUCCUACAUGUAUUUAAGCUGAGAUUUGGUAGGAAAUGUCACAGUCCAGUUCAGGGAGUGCAGUUCAUCUUCAGGAAAUCGUUAUUAUCAAACAUUGAUAUUAGCAGAAUGUCUACUCAUGGUACCGAUCAUUCUGAAGAUGAGGUCGCCCAACCCUCAACUUCACAUCAUAUCAACAAGACCCACACACCUCUCGCUUCAGGCUCGAAAGCAGCGAAAAAGCGUAAACAUGCAGCUAUUGCUCCAGCUCCCACUCGCAAAUAUUCAAAGUAUGAACUAUUUGGAACAGAUAGUGAAGAUGAAAGCGAUGAAGAUAAAUCUACAUAUGAAGAUACAGUACCAGCAUUGAAAAAGUUACGCCCGACCAGCAGCAAUAAAGGCGAAAUGAAGAAAAUGAAGGCUGAAAAGAGAGAGAAGAGUAAGAGCAGCAGUAAGCGGACAUCCAGAGUCGCUCAAGAACCUAUCGUUAAAGCCUCUGCAAAGGAUGUUUUCGGGAGUGAUAGUGACGACGAACAGUUUGAACAAACUGUACGCAAAACGGGUAAAAUGCCAGCUAAAAUUACAUCUUAUUUUACUAAAAGAAUACCGCAAGGGGUUUCGCGACAAAGCGACCCAAACAAAGAUGGUUCGCACUUUAUCGAAUUAAAAGUUUAUCGAUGUGAUGAAAUUCGAAAUGUGCAACCAAUGAAUAGAUGGCGCCAUGCCAUUAUAUCAAUAAAAAAUCAAUCUGAUUCGGAUACAGAAGCAUGGACGCAUCUUACUCAGUUCAUUAAAGCUACGAGACAUGAAUUUAAAAAUUGUCGUCCAGACAUUAUUAGUGGUUAUUCCACAUACUAACUUGUUAAAGUUACUUUAUAUCUAAGAUUUUUUAAACAUGUUUAAUCACUUGUAAUAAUUCUAUAAACACUU